AUGGAGGGCGGCGUGCUGGAGCCCCAGAGCGGGGCGACGGUGGUCACCGUCUCCGCUGCAGCGUCGGUGGAAGGGGAGGAGAGAGGGGAGGAGGCAGUGCCACCGGGCUUGGGGGCGACGCAACAGCACUUCUCCCCAUUCGAGGGGGCGGAGGCCCGGGACGAGGGCGGGGGGGAUUGGAGCUUCAUUGACUGUGAGAUGGAGGAGAUUGACCUGCAGGACCUGCCCAGCGCCUUCAUCGCCUGCAACCUGGACCCACGCGUCUUUGUGGACAGCCUGUGCCGGGCUAAAUUUGAAUCUCUCUUUAGAACAUAUGACAAGGACAUCACGUUUCAAUAUUUUAAGAGUUUCAAACGAGUACGAAUAAACUUCAGCAACCCAUUGUCUGCAGCAGAUGCCCGACUGCAGCUUCAUAAGACUGAAUUUCUUGGAAAGGAAAUGAAAUUAUAUUUUGCUCAGACUUUGCACAUAGGAAGCUCGCACCUGGCUCCACCUAAUCCAGACAAACAGUUUUUGAUUUCUCCUCCUGCCUCUCCACCUGUUGGCUGGAAACAAGUGGAAGAUGCUACUCCAGUCAUUAAUUAUGAUCUUUUAUAUGCUAUCUCCAAGCUAGGACCAGGUGAAAAAUAUGAAUUGCAUGCAGCCACUGACACCACUCCCAGUGUGGUGGUCCACGUAUGUGAGAGUGAUCAAGAAAAUGAAGAGGAUGAUGAGGUUGAAGGAAUGAAGAAACCCAAACCAAAAAUUAUUCAGACAAGAAGACCAGAGUACACACCUAUUCAUUUAAGCUGAAUUGGCAUAUUGGCCUAGAUGAAUUCCAAACCACUGUUCAUUCAUAGGGAGUAAUCUUUUACUGUGGAAAUGUCAGGUCACGAUUUUUGUGAUGGCAACAAGAUGGGUAGCUGUGGCCAGAUUUCCAGUUCAUGUUGUUCAGAAAAGAAGCCAGGAGCUGCCUAGCUCCUUGUUCUCAGUGCUGCACAUCAGUUAGUGUUCAUGGAGCCCUAGAAUGGCCUUAUGCCCAUCACUGAGUUAAUGAUGAUCAGACAUUUGGGAAAGAAUUGAAAAAGCCAAUAAGCAACACUUGUACUUGUUCUUUUCAGGUGGGCUGUUUUGGUUUUUGUUUCUGUUUUGUUCCAGAGAAAAGAUGGUCACAGGUGUAGGGAGAGCUUUAUGUUGCUAUACAAUCUACAAUGAUAGACUUCAUCGUCUGGUGGGCUAUAGACAUUGUGUGGAAUACUAGUAGAAUUGUUUAAAAACAAAACAAAAACGCACAAUGUGGAAAAUUUUCAAAUGUUUUCUUUUUCCUUUUGUUUUCUUAUUUUGUGCAUGUGGAGUUAAUGAUUUUCCAAAUUAACUUUUGUGUCACUGUCUUAUUAAGUUUUGUUUUUUUGCUGUUUUGUAUUUUGAGAAAGCCUUUAAUAUUUAUUGCCCUACCAGAUCCUAGUCCUCUUUUUUCAGAGACACUCAAUUUACAGCUGGAAUGCAUUCACUGAUUCUUAUUUGGUGCCAUAUGUAACUGUGCUUUUCAAAAAAAUUGAUCUGGAUUUUAACAUUCAUAUGUGGGAUUUAGCCUGAAGAAUUAAGAAACUAACAUUUUUUAUGGCACAAUUUAGCAAGUGGCUAGUCUUAGUUUAAGUAUUUUUUUGGUUGGGAUUUGGGUUUAUUUAAUGUUUAUUAAACUAUGAAUGCUAGCUGUAGGCCUACUUGGGAAUAUUGGCUCAGAUAUUUUGAUUUUUUUUCCACUGAAACAUGAAAAUCAACUUGUAAAUAAAACUGUUAAAGUAUAUUCAUAACUGUGUAUAGCUGGGUGAAAAUAUGGCAAUGGAAGACUAUUAUAAAUCAUAGCUACUUACCUGUGUAUCUGUAUGUUGUAGAAGAUGCUGUUAAGACAUUUUAACAGAGUUUGGAUUCAAAGCAUGUGAAGUGGAUAGUAAAUGUGUGAUUAUAUAGAAGAGGGAUGCAGUGCCUUUCCCCAAAUUUCAAGUGGAAUUCUACUAUCUACACAUGUAAUUUUUUUCUAGUUGCAAUGUGUAUGUCCAGUAAAUAAGUAUUACAUUUUGGACUUACAAUGCCAUAGCAAGUGUUUCAUUUUGAAGUACUUAAUGCCAAAUAACAAUGCAUGCUUCAGAAAUUUGAAAUAUGGUUUCCCUGAAGGAACAGUUAAGUUUAGAAGCUACUUUUUAGUUACUCUGAUCAAGAAUGUGGUUGAAUGCUCUCAGAAUUCUGUUUACAACACACCAGGAGGAAAAAUCACCAUUACAUAGUUAUUCAAGUGUUUCUAAUUAUGUGGUUUUUAGUUGGAGAACCUAACCUUGAAACAUCAUUUUUUUAAAAACUGCAUUCUAUAAUAAAUUGGCACAAUAUGCUCUUUGUGCAAAAAAAAA